GGGCCAACUCUGGCUCAAAUGGCGAGCCAUGCCAUGGAACCUCACCAAUAUAGGUUUAUUUCCUAUGCCGUACCGCAAGACUUUAGGGAAUGGGCAAAUACACUCAAUUUUUAUACCAGAUGAGCCGCGAAAAUAUUAUCUACAUUAUGCCUGGUAGCAGAAGUAGCAGACUACAUGUUAGAAUAUACUUAAACGUUAUAGUAAGGUAUAGUCAGUUGCUGGCUCCUGUAUUCGCAUUUCUAGAUUUCAUGGCAGUUACAAAGCUCAAGGCUCCCAUCAAAUAUGUCAGUAGUUAGCAUGUCUGGUUCUGAAGCAUCAAACAGUACUUUGCAAAGUAAAAACACCUCAAGAGACAGAGUGUUCAACAAUGUCACACCAAAUGAAUGCAUUAGCGAAGAUUCAUUCAGCACAGAAACAUCUACUAAUACUGACAGUGAGGAUUCAACACAGAUAUCUUCAGAUCUUAGUUGUUCAUUACAGCAGAGCUCAGGGAUCCUGUCUAAUAACACAUUGUCGAGCAUGAUGAGUGCAUCGUCUAAUAACAUGUAUUUUUCAAUGCUUGGAAAACCUGGGAAAGUGAAGUCAAAAUUAUCAAUGACAGAAUUAGUAGAUAGAGUUGUGUCACUUCAUAGUUUGAAUGUCAGUGGUUUAUCACGAGUGCAGACACAAGUAAAUAACCAGUUUGGAACCACUUUAAAGCAAGAGAAAAGCAAGAUAUCAUCAGCUGACACCACAACAACAGAAAGUGCUGUGAGGAAGAAGGCGACAACAAACUUAAUCACAUUUCCCAAGCUACGAGAUGUAACACCAGAAAGGCACCAUGUGAAUCUGUCCACUGGGCGAGCAUUAGUUGGUAGGAAAGUGGAUUGCUGGUUGACAUUUGAAGAAUAUGAACGUUUAACAAGUACAUUAGAGCCAACCAUAAGAAGGGAAAGGCCAAUUCCGAAUGCAUUCUGGCCGGGCCAUUUAAUGGACAAGUUGAGGUUAUGUUUGUCACCAUGCACCUCGCACCCCUUACCUGCAUGCGAUGCUGCAAGAAGCAAAAACACUUCAUUUUAUCAAGUCAAAAAAAAACCUCAUAACGGUCACCGCGCAAAUUAUGGAUAUGAUAAUAAUGAAAAGACUUGGCCCACUGAUGGAAAAUAUGUUAAAUAUGGGAACGUGGAUUCACGAAAAGUUUAUCAUAUUUAAAUAUCAUAUGAAUUCAGAUUGUAUUGUUUUUAAUCAAGUUCUUAUUUUGUUAAAACUAUUUUCAUCAUUUUCUUUUAUGAUUAUCUGAAUUUUUUGGGGUACCCAAAAGAAAUUCUGUAAUGUGUUAAUCAGGCCAGUUGCUUUGUACAAAAGGAGAAUACUCAAAUACUGUAGAAAGCAAUGGCAAGUAAAAUCCCUAAAAAACACCUACUAAGUUACAUACGUGGGAACUCACAAACGGCUAGGAGGUGUAUGAAACAGAACACCCGUGUUAUAACCACUGUCAUUGCCCCGCCAUAUGAGGGUAAAUAAGUUACAUACAAGGUAACUCAUAAGCAGGCACGAGGUGUGUGAAACAAAACACCUAUGUUAUAACCACUGUCGUUGCCCCGUCAUGUGAGGAUAAAUAAGUUACAUGCAAGGUAACUCAUAAGCAGGCACGAGGUGUGUGAAACAAAACACCUGUUAUAACGACUGUUGUUGCCCUGCCACACAAAGAUAAAAAAAGUUACGUUCGUUUAUUCAAGUGAAAGUUCAAGAAUCAAAUCCAUAUAGUGGUUUAAAUUUGAAUCUGAAACCUCCUGAUUUUGCACUUGGAGUAAUUGCGCCAAGAACACAUAUGCCCACAAUGGUAGCA